CUAUAUCUUAUAUUAGUGUGCUUGUUGGAAUUUAAACGUUUAUACGAAGCAACUUCUAUUGACUCUGCCGGGCCGCCGUGAAAUAGCAAACGCAUGCCCCAAGAUCUGUCUUUUCAUUUCCAAGCUUCACACAGUGACAAUGCCUCUUGCAAAAGAUCUUCUGCACCCUUCUCUUGAGGAAGAGAAACGCAAAUGCAAACUAAAACGAUUAGUACAGAGCCCAAAUAGCUACUUUAUGGAUGUCAAAUGUCCAGGAUGUUACAAAAUCACAACAGUUUUCUCUCAUGCUCAGACAGUUGUAUUGUGUGUUGGUUGUUCAACAGUUUUGUGCCAGCCAACAGGAGGAAAAGCUAGGCUCACAGAAGGAUGUUCAUUCAGAAAGAAGCAACAUUAAACAAAAAGUGUCAGUCUGUUGAAUGUGAGGUUGAAUAAAUUAUGUAUCAUAAUA